CUGUGGGAAGAAGUUUCAUUUAUUUGCCUACUCUCCCUCUCUCCGAGGUGCAGCUAUGGAGUCGCUUUCUCUGAGCCAAAUAAUCUCAGCAGGCCAUCAAGGUUCCGAAAGGAUAAGAAACCCAGCAAGCCCGAUUCACCGAAGAAGAACUCACGCCCAAACUAGGCGUUUUCGCUUCAGUAUCGUCUCCAAAAGGUUUGAUUUCCAAGAUUUUCAGGGCUAUGCAAAACCUGCCCGUCUCUUGCCAGCCAAGGAAGUGAAAGUCUGCACAGAUACCUCAACAGAAAAGAUUUUUCCAUCUUUCAAGGAGGAUGGAUCACAGUGUUUAUUCAAGAUCAAGUUAGGUACGAGUAACUUCUAUGGCUCUAGUCUGAGUGACUUAAAUGCUGGGAUUCUCCUAUGCUUGAUUGGCGAAAAUGGCGAUUCCAUAUUACAGAGGAUACCAGCCAGUUUGAUGACAGCUCAUUCUCGAAAAUUGGAGGAUGUGAUUGACCGAGAUAUGCUCCAUUUUCAAAGAGGUUCUGUCGAUGAGUUCAUCUUCAAGGGACCCAAUCUGGGAAGAGUUGAAGCUCUUUGGAUCAGUCUUGAAUCAGGUCAAUGGAGACUAGGAAGUGUGAGCUUGACAGUUAUCUGUGGGUUUCAACCAUCGUUAGAAGAACAAAAAGGAGAUGAACUUGAUUACAGUGGUUUCCAAUACGAUUUUCAAACCGAGGAUUUUUUGCUUGGGGAGGGAAGUGAUGUAUCCAUGGUGGAACUUAGACCUUCCCUUGCUACCCAGUUCUCUGGGGUCGACUCCUUUGCCUUAUUUGGCAAAAGCCUCUCCCAAGAGACUUUACUCGAGAGUCGUGGGAUAUCAAAUGAGGAAAGCAUGAGGGAAUAUGCAGAUUUGAAGAUCUCUUUGCUACUUUAUGACACCAUUCUAAUCUUUGUUGGUACAUCAGCCGCAUUCUUUUUGGCUGGGGAAAAUACUUCUUUUGCAUUCUUAACUGGUGGUGUUGGAGGCUUCUUGUAUCUGUUGCUAUUACAGAGGUCUGUUGAUGGCUUACCAACUCCAAAGGCUCCAACGUAUAUUUCCACAAAGACAGAAGGAACUAAUGGAAAGUUUGGAGGAUUCAAGGGCCCAAUAUCGAGUCUGGCACUAGUGAUUGGAUUUUCCAUAUUCUUAGUGAAGAAUAGCUAUGGAGAUUUGCCCUUGGCAUUCACGCCAAAGGAACUCAUAGCUGGUAUGAUGGGGUUUCUUUCAUGUAAAGUCGCCGUCGUGUUGGCGGCAUUGAAGCCCUUGCCAAUGGGUCUGAAGAUAAACAAGUAAUAAGCAGUUGUGUAUCCCAUAAUGAGUAGAAGAUGGGGAAAUAUAUACAUUUCAUUCUUUUGUCCCUGUCCUAA